UGGAAAUAAGUUACAAUGAAUAUAGGUGGUCUAAAACUGGAUUCAAAUUUUUUAAUAGCGUUAUAUGAAACACACACACACAACACAUACACACGCACACGAAGAGGCCAACACAUAGCGAAAAUCAUGUGCAAAUACACACACACAUACACGUACACAUACACAUACGCAUACGCAUACAUACAUACAUACAUACACACACACACACACCACACACUCACACCACACACACACACACAUGCAGAAGCCAACACACAGCGAAAAUGCACACAUAUAUACACACACACACACACAUUUAAAUUACCUCUUCAAGUAUAUUUGUCCAGCUCUCAUUGAAAUCAAAGAUAAUUCAUAUACACUAGUACAAAGCUAAAGUAAUAAAAAUAAUGAUAAUAAUAACAAUAAUAAUAAUAAUAGUAAUGAUUAUAAUAACAAUAAUAAUAAUAAUGAUAGUAAUAGCAAUAAUAGUAAUAAUUAAUAAUGGUGAUAUUAAAUGAUAGUGAUGGUAAUAGUAGUAAAGGUUGAAAAGAUAGAAAGAAAGAGAUAUCUUCGAAUAACGAAUGGAUAGCAGAGCAAGAAAGAAGAGCAGAUAAGUUAUAUAUUUAAAAUUUUUCGCUCUCUUACUUUUUGGUGACAUUUGAAUGGAAUACGACAUUGCAU